GGGGAUGGGCUGGACUAAGGAGACAAGGCACCGAGAGGGUACCGAUGCCGGUUAGCUUCGCGAGGCCGUGACUAGAAGCUCUGAUUUCAUGUUUUCCUCCCUCCCCCACGACUUCUGCACUGACGAUGUCCGUUAAAUCGUUUGGCAAAUCUGAGCUUUGAUUUUUAAAAAAAGAUCAAAUUUCUUCUUUACCCCCUACAUUUCCCCACAACCCGCAUCCUCCUCCUUCCGUGUGUGAUUUUUCUUUAACUCUCUGUCCUCCUCGCCCUCCUUUCUUUUAUUCCCACCCUCCCCUUCCACUCCUGCGUUAUGUCUUGAUAAUUUCAUGGGGCUACUACGAAUUAUCAUGCCGCCCAAAUUGCAGCUUCUCGCGGUUGUGGCAUUUGUGAUCGCGAUGUUGUUCCUGGAGAACCAGAUCCAGAAGCUGGAGGAAUCUCGGGGAAAACUGGAGAGAGCAAUUGCAAGACAUGAAGUCAGAGAAAUUGAACAGCGUCACACAAUGGACAACCCAAGACAAGACCCAGGCGAAGAAGAGUUGGAUGACAUAAUCAUUCUUUACAAUCGUGUACCUAAGACUGCCAGUACUUCUUUUACAAACAUUGCUUACGAUCUAUGUGCAAAAAACGGGUACCAUGUCCUGCACAUAAACACAACCAAAAAUAAUCCUGUGAUGUCUUUGCAAGAUCAAGCAAGAUUUGUAAAAAAUGUUACUACAUGGAAAGAAAUGAAGCCAGGAUUUUAUCAUGGGCAUGUAGCGUACCUGGACUUUGCCAAAUAUGGUGUGAAAAAGAAACCCAUCUACGUAAAUGUCAUCCGAGACCCAAUUGAGCGAUUAGUAUCAUACUAUUAUUUUCUGCGCUUUGGUGAUGACUAUAGGCCUGGACUAAAGAGAAGAAAGCAGGGAGAUAAAAAGACGUUUGAUGAAUGUGUUGCAGCUGGUGGGUCAGACUGUGCUCCAGAGAAACUUUGGCUUCAGAUUCCUUUCUUUUGUGGCCACAGUUCAGAAUGCUGGAAUGUUGGAAGCAAAUGGGCUUUGGAGCAAGCCAAGUACAACCUGGUUAACGAGUAUCUUCUUGUCGGGAUAACUGAGGAAUUAGAAGAUUUUAUAAUGCUUCUGGAAGCAGCCUUGCCACGCUUCUUUAGAGGAGCAACAGAAUUAUAUCGUACAGGAAAGAAAUCUCAUCUUAGAAAAACAACAGAGAAGAAACUGCCCACUAAAGAAACCAUUGCAAGACUGCAAGUGUCUGAGAUUUGGAAAAUGGAAAACGAGUUCUACGAGUUUGCUCUGGAACAGUUUCAAUUUAUUAGAGCUCAUGCAGUGAGAGAAAAGGAUGGUGAACUUUACCUCCUUAGCAAGAGCUUUUUCUAUGAAAAAAUCUAUCCUAAAGCAACUUAAAAACAGUUUUCACUACAGUGACCUGAAGAACUGCAUCAAAAAUGUCUUUCUGCUGAAUCAGUUGCUACCUUGAACGGCCUAAUGAUUUUUUUUUCCCCAGUAAGAACAGGAAAGAAAUCUUGUUCUACCGUUUGUAUCAAAUCUGCCGUGAGCCGCUUCCAUCUGUAAAGAUUUUAGGGUCAAGCAUUAGGUGCAUUCAUGGACGAAUGAGCAAGGAAAUCCGUUUGCACUAGUUGUGUAGAUGGCAUUCUGUCAUUAUUACUAAUCAGUUUGUGGUAUGUUUUAGGGACUCCCGUGUCUUGUAAACUUUUACCUGUAGAACUAUUUUUUACUAGGGUGCUUUCUAAAGUGUUUCAAAGUAUUGUAAUUUCAGAGUAAGAAAAAUGCUGUACAUAUUGCACUUUUUAUGUGUUUGGACCAAAAGGUUACAAAAAAUUUUAAGUAUUUAUUUCACACCAAUUUUAUUACAGGCGGUGUAACUGAACUCGUAGCAUCCAACAUACUGUACACCCUUUUGUUAGAUACUUUGUGUCAAUUUAGAUUUGUAAGCUUGAAUUUCCUGUCUUGUUUGUAUCAUGGAGAAUAAUAUGGCAAAAAACAAAUCUACAUUGCAGAGACCUGGAGCUUACAGAAAUGCCACCUUUGAGAACGUGCUCCAUUACAAUUAUGGCUACAUAGACCUGCAAAUAGAAAGUAAAUUUUUUUAAACAAAGAAUGGUGAGAAAUAUUCAGAGUGUUAAUUAAACUCAUCAUGGCCUAAUCUCCCAUGGCUGAAACAGUGUUCGUAGGUUUUCAUUGUUAUUUCCAAUCCAGUUUAAAAAGUUAUAUAGAUCAAUGUGUUGCAUUUCUAAACAUACUUUUCUCCAAAAAGAAGUGAUAUAUCCAAAAGGCUUGCUAUGUUUUCAGUCAGUGUGUUGCACUGCUGAAUUUUACACAGGAGUGAUUUCCUUGCAUUCUCUCUCAUGUGCAUGCUAACAAUUGAAGAAAUCUAUCCCAGGCCCUGCAUUCUUUGCAGGUAUUUCACAGCUUUGUGUUUGUUUUGUCUCUUUUAAAAAUUUUCCCCCUUCCAGGAUUAAUCAACCAGUAUUUAAAAAUAUGGACGACUUGGAGCUGCAUUUUCUGCUGGGCAGUAGAACAUUGGAGGUUGUGAAGUUAGGGCACUGAGUCAUUAUCCUAUCUCAGUGUGAACCGAGCCACUUUUCUCAGUUGCAGUUAAAUAGAUAUGUAGUUUGGGCUCUUGGCAAUUGACAAGGAGUUCACUACUGUCCAUCAAAAACAUCGUGAUGCAACAGUGUGGCACUCAUUACUGCACCACAGUAAGAGCAAUAGAAGCUCCCAAACCUAAAAUUGGAAUGAUGAUUCUAUGAAUGAAUCUGCAGAGAUUGAAAUACACUUUUGUUAAACUAGCCUGGAAUGAGACCACAUCAAACUUGUUAACUGGGACUCCAGGGGAUUGAAAGUACUGGCUACACAACCAUGUCCUGUCCCUGUUUCAAAGUCCAUGGUGGCUGUUUUCAACUCCAAGCUGGAGACCUGUCAGCCAUGUUGUUUCUCUAGGUUGGCAAGAAGGAAGCAGGACGAUUGGCUGGUUACCCUUGCCACUCCAUCAUGCUGCUACAAGAAGUUGAUAUGCACAACAGAUUGAAAAAAUUCCAAGUGAGUGACAUAGAUUAAAUUGAGUUGGCAGCCAUCGUUCAAAGUUUGUAAUGUAAUAAAACAAUCUUUUUAAUUCUCCGAAAAUUGUUCUUAGGAUUUUCUUUACAUGAAGGCUCUCCUGUGUGUUCCCCAAGAGCCACAUGUUGAAUUUUGUACUCAUUUUUGUAUCAUCUCUCUGCUACAGCAGUUAGUGAAAUUUGAAUUCAUUUUAAAAAGAAAUCUGGAAUUAAGAGUCCAAUGAUGACCGUGAAUCCAUUAUUGAUUGUUGGAAAAACCUAUCUCAUUUACUAAUGCCCUUUAGGGAAGGAAACUGUUGUUCUUACUUAGUGUGGCCUACAUGUGAUUCCAACCAUCAGCAAUAUGGUUGACUCUUAACUGCCCUCUGGGCAAUUAGUGAUGGGCAAUAAAUGCUAGUCUAGCCAGUGUUAUCCAAAUCCUGUGAAUGAAUUUUUAAAAAAUGGAACUGCUGAUGCCUAUGAGGAGCUGUAAUCCCUACACGCUGGCUGACAACAGUGGAGACGGUGGGGCAUUUAUCAUUAACCACUAUAAAGUACAUUUCCUAAAUUUAUUGCAUUUCUGGUUUUGGGAUUCGCAAUAUUUGAUGUUAGAUUUUAAGAUUUUAGAUGUUUGCUGUAUAUUUAAAGACGGGGUAAAAUUUAUGUUCCCGUGUAUGAAUGAUGUUAUUCUCAUUAUUGUUUGUCAUUAUGCAAAGAGCAUAAUGUUAGUGCUGAAGGCAUGGAAUAUAUAAGGUACAGAAUGUAAAUACUGGAAAACAUGGAUUGUACUCUAUAUAACUGUUUAAAAGCUAAGCAGUUGAAUAGUGCCUUUCUUACCACGAUCCAUGUUGUUAAAAAAAGUGUACAUCUUGAAUUCAUUUGUGCAUUGUAAGUAACACUAAUGUCUUGACACUUUGAAUAGAAUCACUUAGAGAUGAUUCUUCUAUUUUAGUUUUUUUUGAUUAUAGUUUUUCAGUUUCAGUUUUUCAGUGCAGAUGUUCCCUAAUCAAUAAAGCUGUGUAAACUGUUUGCAUUGUAAUCUAUAUGUGCUUUAGUAUCUGUAACUUUAUGACAUACCUGUUUCAGAGCUAGCUUUGAACACCCAAGCUGAUAACUAUCAACUGAAUUGACUUUUGUGAUGCGCCAUCUGAAAGAAAGACUUAACCUUGUAUUUCUAUAGCAGCUUUAAUGUAAAAGAAUGACCUAAGGGUCAUGACCCAAGCGUCAUGAACAAAAUAAUAAAUUGUAUAACACAAGGAGGUAUGGGCAGGUGGUCAAAAGCUUGGCAGAUGUUAAGUGCCUCAAAGGUGGGACACACAUUGUUUGGGGACUCUCUUUAUUAAUUCAUGGGAUGUGCGCAUCACGGGCCAGACCAGCAUUCAUUACUCAUCCCUAAUUGCGGUUAAGUGUCACCAACAUUGCUGUGGGUCUGGAGUCACAUGUAGGCCAGACCAGGUAAGGACAGCAGUUUCUUUCCCUUAAGGACAUUGAUGACAUUUUCUGACCAUCGACAAUGGUUUCAGGGUCACCAAUAGACUCCCAAUUCCAGGCAUUUAUUGUUAUGUGUGGGAUUUGAACCCAGGUCACCAAAACAUUAUCAGGGUCUUUAACAAUAAUACUAGACCAUCUUCUAUGUGUGAUUUCACAAAGAUGUCCCACAUUUUAGGGCCUCUAUAGCUGAAGGCACAGCCAUCAGUUGUAUAGAGAUUAAAAUUUGAACAAGUUCCAAGAGGCCAGCAUUAGAUUAACAGAAGUAUUUUGGAGGAUUGUGAGUGUGGUCAGGGAAGGGUGGCAGGCAAAGAUUUGAAAAUGAGGAUGCAUAUUUUAAAAUCAGUGAAUUUUGUUUUAACUUGUGUUUUACUGAUUUUUGCCAGCAAGCAUAGGGAUGAUAGGGGAAUGGGACUUGCUGAAGGUUAAGACCUAAAUAAUGAGAUUUUUGUAAGACCUCAGGCUUGUGGAGGGUAGACAGUUAUUUUGGGACAUCAUGAAAGGCUUCAUCUAAAAAAAUACAUUUUUUUUGCUGCAGAACCUGCAGUGUGUUGAAUUUAGGAAAUAUUGUUUUCUCAGAAAUACCCUUUGAAACAGCAAAUAAAGGUCAUGUCGGCCCAUGCUGAUUAUUUAGGUCAAUGCUAAGAAUCAGUAUGUGCUAUUUUGGAAAAAGCAGGGAAUAACCCCAAAUGACUCCCUCCUGAUUCUCAAGUUGCAAGAUUCACUUCAGCAUAUUUCCCUUAAAAUUAGUUUAACCCUCCAUCAUAUACUACCUAGUAGACCCAAUCAGGCAUUGAACGUCCUUGUACAUUCCUGCUUUCCUACUGCAGAAAACCUUCAAACUUUUAUUUCCUGACAUACUGUUCCCUUAAACUUUUCACCCCCUGACUUCAUAAUGAAUACAAUGUUUGGACAAUUUUUGUCGGUAAGGUAGCGAUUAUCCAUUUAGUUGUCCCUUUGCUGCUUCCAGCCUCCCCCUUUGCCUGCCAAGCCAAACACCUUAGAUGGAUGUGGAAUUUUCCACAGCACUAUUUCAAAAGAACUGUUCCCAGUCAGCAUUGCAAAAAUAUGAAAUAAAAAUCAAAAGAACUACAAAUGCUGUAAAUCAGGUAAAAAGCAAGUUGCUGGAAAGGCUUAGCAGGUCUGGCAGCAUCUGUGAUGAGAAAUCAGCGUUAACAUUUCGGGUCCGGUGAUCCUUCCUCAGAAUCAGUUCUGAUUUUUUUCUUAAGACGUUGCCAGACCUGCUGAGCUUUUCCAGCAAUUUCUGUCUCUGUCACAAGCACUCCCUCUACCACCAACGCUCAGUAGCAGCAGUGUGUACUAUCUACAAGAUGCUACUGCAGAAAUUCACCAAAGGUCCUCAGAAAGCACUUUCCAAACUCACAACCACUUCUAUCUAGAAGGACAAGGCAAUCAGAUAUAUGGGAACACCACCACCUCCAAGUUCCCCUCCAACUCACUCACCAUCCUGACUUGGAAAUAUAUCACUGAACCUUCACCGUCACUGGAUCAAACUCCUGGAAUGCCUUCCCUGAUAGCAUGGUGGGUCAAUCCGCAGCAGGAGGACUGCAGCAGUUCUAGAAGACAGCUCACCACCACCAUCUCAAGCCCAACUAGGGAUGGGCGAGAAAUGCUGGCCAGCCAGCGACAUCCACAGCCCACAAAUGAAUAGAAAAAAACAUAUUAAAUGGUUAUCAUCAUAUUGCUGAUAGUAGAAGUUUCUUGAGCACACGUUCCUAUACAACAACAGUGACUGCACUUUCCAAAUGCUUCAUUCUCUGUAAAAUACUUUGGGACAUUCUGUCGUCAUGAGAAAGACUGUCACAAUGAGUCUUUUGUACAGAUCAGCCUGAAGCUGUGUAACUGUUUUUUGAUAUAAUAGCUAAGAUAUUGAGGAAGCUGAGAUGGGAAAGUCAUAAAAGCAGUAUUACAAAAGGAGUUGCCUGACUUAAGAAUAAAAACAGACCAUUUUGAUUUGUACUGAAACAGAGCCAUAUGGAGAAACAGACUUAUUUAUCAUAGAAUCGAUAUUAUAUACACAAACAUUUAUAAAACAAUAAACAGGCAAACAAAUCAUAACUAAUAGUAUUUCAAAUUUAUUAUCUGAACAACUGGUUUGGAUAUCCCUAAAUUUUGUAAUUUAGUUUAAGUAAUUGCUUUACACAUUUACUUGUAUCGUAUUAAUGUGAUAACCCAAUCGGCACUCGUGAGGAUUAUAGUCUAAAACUGAUGGAAGUUAUGUUGUCAAGCCAAAAGCAAGAGUAGAAAUCAUUGCUGGGAUAGAAAAUUAUCAGCCAGAUCUAUCUACUUAUUGAACUUGUCAAUAUGAUGAAAUGACUGCCUUGAACAGUGCUAAUUCUUGGACUCCAACUGUAAGGCCAGACUUUCAUAUUUGAUAACAGAAUCAACAAUUUGAUAGAAUCAAUGAGAGUUAAAACUGUUUGAAUGGCGAUGAAGAAUGGUUUGGAAUCUGUUGCAUUAUGGUGGUCAGAUGUAAAUAUGAUUUAAAAACCAAAAGAACGGCAGAUGCUGUAAAUCAGGAACAAAAGCAAAGUUGCUGGAAAGCUGAGCAGGCCUGGCAGCAUCUGUGAAGGAGAAAACAGAGUUAACGUUUAGGGUCCAGUGACCCUUCCUCAGAUGUGUUUGAAGUCAUUUCAAGAUCAUUGCUGCAAGACUUCCUGAUUGAUUUGAUUUAUUAUCACGUGUGCCUAAGUACAGUGAAAAGCUGUGUUUGCGAGCAGAUUUCAGUUUUUCAAUGACCGAUGUUUAUCUCAGCCAAGGUGCUGCAUGUGUUCCACCGUUUUUCUGAUCUUUUUUGAGGUUCUUUGCCAUUAGCAACCUCCAUAGAAUUGUUUAGAUUCUGUUUUGACCCUCUUUACAUUGAAAUAGCAUCAAUCAUCAAAUGAUAGUCACCUGAUAAUAAAAAUUCUUUUGAAACUGAUUUCAUAUUCUCACCGGCCCAAUCACUCCAAUUCUUUUCCUCAGUAUUUUCUGACAGUAUUAAUGUGAAAGAAGGAUCAGAUUUAAAGGCAGCAUUGACUUUAAUUUUACUAAAUGAAACAAAACGAAAAUAACUAUCGAUUCAUUUUGAUAUUGGUGACAUUCAAAUGUGCCCAUUUCCUGAACUUUGUCCAAACUCACAUUUGAAUGUGCUUUUGAUCAAUUGGCAUAAGUAGCCUGUGUUAGAGCUGAGAUUUAUGUGGAAAUUUAUAUUCCUGUUUGCUACGUUUAACAAAUCAGUUAAAGAUGCUGAACAUUUGCUAACAAUUUAGGAGCUGUGUAUAAGCAUGGCAAACUGUC